AUGUCGGGCGAGGUCGCGAUAGUCGGCAUUUCCGCCGAAUUACCUAGCGGGUCCUACUCGGAAUCUAACUUGGACCAUGAAUCUUUCUACGAGUUCUUGAUGAACCGGGGGCAGUCUUACGAACGACUACCCUCGAGUCGUUUCAAUAUUGAUGCAUGGAAGGGCAACGGGCUGGCGGAGAUCCACGUCGACCAAGGCUCAUUUCUCAAAGAGAUUGACAUGUUCGACAACGUCGAGUUCGGCAUAUCUGCCCGGGAUGCCCGGUACAUGGCUCCUGUCACCAGAAGGCUCCUCGAAAAUUGCUUUCUCGCAUUACUGGAUUCGGGGGUUGACUACAGGAUGAAGAACGUUGGAUGCUUUACCUCCGGCAAUGCAUUCGAGCUGACGAACAUCUCUGAACCCGACGAGUAUGAUGCCAAGGGUACCUUCUCUGGUCUACCAGCAAUGGUGGCAAAUCGUAUCUCGAACCACCUUGACCUACUUGGUCCCUCUCUUCCUACCGACACAGCAUGUAGUUCUACUCUCACGGCAUUGCACCUGGGGAUACAAGCAAUUCUCAGUGGAGAUUGCGAAGCUGCUGUCAUUGGUGGUUGCCAGUUGAACCAUCGGUUUUUGGAUUGGUUCAUGUACAGCCAAGGUGGUAUUCUAUCCAAAGACGGAAAGUGCAAACCGUUCGACACAUCAGCAGAUGGAUUCGCGAGGGCGGAAGGUUGUGUCGCAAUUGUGAUCAAGCCACUCGAGCAAGCAUUGAAAGACCACGACCGUAUCUACGCAACGGUAUUGGGUACUGCGAUCAAUUCUACAGGAUCAGGAGCCCCUCCUGGCGCGCCAGUUGCAGAGUCGCAACGUGAUGCGAUGAUACAGGCCUUCAAGCGUGCUGGACGACAACCACAGGAGGUUGACUAUGUCGAAGCUCACGCCACAGGCACGGCUAAGGGAGAUCCAACGGAGGCCAAUUGGAUUGGCGAGCACUUCCAUAGAGAGGAUGAAUUGGUCAUUGGCAGCGUCAAGGGAAACAUCGGACAUACCGAGAUUGCGGCGUUCUUGACAUCUCUGUCUAAGGUGAUGUCGACAUUCAAACAUGGCGUCAUCCCGCCUAACGUGAAUCUUACGAACUUGAACGCUGCAAUACACUGGGACGAGUACAAGCUUCGAGUACCGACAGAACCGACAAGGCUCCCUUGUCGGAGUGACCGAUCCUUGGUCGCAGUAGCUUGUUCUGGUAUUGGAGGCUCCAAUGGUCAUGCAGUUAUUCAAAGCCCUCCCGCAGCGGCACGUUUGUGCGACCAGAGCGCACCGAACCCAGACCGACCUGUCUUGCUCAUGGCCUGCGGGUUGUCGCCACGGAGUGCCUCUUCUGUGGCAGAGGGAAUUCAAGACCUGCUGAAGCAAGAUCAGAUCGAUCUCUCUGCUUUGUCUACUGUCUUGGGUCGGCGAUCGAAGCAAAUGACGUGGAGAUCAUUUGCGGUGUUGGGAGGCUCUCAGUCGAGCUCUCCAGUGUUCUCUAACCCGCAGCACUGUUCGCGUGCGUCGCGAUCAACCGUGAUGAUUUUCUCCGGACAAGGUCCCCAGCACAAAGACAUGGGCCGCGUCUUGUUCGAGAUGUUCCCCGUUUUUCGCCAGAGCGUCAUGGAAAUGGACAGUGUUUUCGUGAAAGCCACAGGGAAGUCACUGAGAGCAGACUACGGUCUCUUCGAUGGAACGCCGCCCCCGGAGAUGUCGGAUGUUUGGCCAAUAUCCUUGAUUUUACCCUCUCUCGCGAUCUUCCAGAUCGCUCUGUAUGACCUGCUCGUCAGUCUCGGCGUCAAGCCCGACAUCGUCCUCGGACAUUCGGCAGGAGAAACGGCAGUACUAUACGCCUCGGGCGCUGGGUCGAAGGCGAUGGCGAUAGAACUGGCUAUCCUUCGUGGAAGAGUGUUUUCGUCCCUGGAGUGUAUGGGCGGGACGAUGGCUGCAGUUUCUUGUGGCCCCUCCGACGCGUCCGAGCUUCUCGCUCAGUAUCGCGCUGAGGAUCCUGACAGUAUCGUUGAGAUCGCAUGUUUCAAUUCUCCCUCUGCAGUCGCCCUUGCAGGCCAGAAUGCGGCAAUCGAUCGAGUGUUGGAGCUUGCGAAACUUCGCGACGUCUUUGGGCGCAGAAUACGGACGAAAGUGCCCAUCCAUUCGUCGAUGAUGGAAGCUUGCCGCGACGAGUACUGUGGAGGCCUGCGUGAGCUCUUCGAGAGGUAUCCAGGUCCCCAUGUACCCCAGAUUUCGACGUACUCCACAUUUACAGGGGAACUCUUCUCCGGACCGUUCGACGCCCAGUAUUUCUGGGAUAACACGCGCUCCCAGGUUCGAUUUACACAGGCGAUGGAAGCGCUAGGAAGAUCUCAGAAUUUGGCGUUCAUCGAGAAUGCGCCGCACCCAGUGCUCUCGGCAUACGUGUCGUCUAUGGUUGACCAGUCGUGCCCUGUUCUCUCCACGGUUCGACGCUCGAAAGGCGGGAAGCUCCUGUCCGAGUACAACGACAUUCUGAACUUCUGUGGUCAGCUGACUACUGCAGGCCAUAACUGUGUCGACUUCACAUCGCUGAACACCCGUGCUUGUUAUGAACUUGAUGUCCGGUUACCUGUGUAUCCGUUCACAAAGAAGCAGUUCCCUUUGUACCCAGAUACGGCCGGGUAUGCGAAGCAGAUGGAUUCACGAAGGGGUCCUAUGAAUCACAAGUACAUGAAGAUGAACAAGGAGACUCAUCCCACUCUCGGUGAGCAUAUCAUUAGAGGUGAACCGAUCAUGCCUGCAGCUGGUUACCUCGAAAUGGCGCUUGAAUUUGGAGCUUCAGCAUUAAUGAACGUUAACCUUCGUUCGAUCCUAUCCUUGUCCGCAGAAGCACCUAUCAAAGUCAACAUUAACCUUGAUGGGUGCUAUUGGACGGUUAAUUCCGGCACUUCAUCAUCUCACACUCGAAAGGACGCUGAGAUGGCUACGACAGAGAUUCUACAUGCCGAUGGAUACCUCUCCUUUGAGGAGCCAUCUCCUAGCAACACUGUAGACAUUUCUGCUAUUCGCCAGCGUUGCAACACCUACGUCGAUACUGAUUUCUACUCUUCGUUGUCGUACUUCUCGUCAUAUGGUCCUCAUCUGCAGCGUGUAACGAAUGCGUACCUCGGCUCGGGUGAGGCGUUGGUCUCUGUCAGAGGUUUGGAUGAAACACUGUCCCAGGAAGGAAAUUACGUUUUGCACCCCGCAAUUCUCGACGCCUGCUUUCACAUCAUGACUUACAGACCCUUCCACGGAGAUUUCAAUCCGAACGUCUACUACCUCCCGUCGUUCGUAGAUGCUAUCAUUCUGCAUCAACCCAGGCGGCCGAAAUAUUUCCCAGCGCAUGUCUAUGCCCAUGUUAAACUAACGCAGUGGACACCGGACUCAAUGUACUACAACAUCGUACUUGCGGACGAUUUCGGCAAGGGUCUAUGCACGUUGCAACAGUUCAAGAUGGCUAAGCACCGCAUCAACCCGUUACCUGAUAUCUCGCGACCGUUCGACAUCGUUCUGCAACCUGCUGUGCCACAAACUUUGUCAUCCGACUUGAGAGAAGUGCUCGAUAAUGGAUUUAGCAAGAGAAGGAUAUCUAUCAAGGGAGGAGAUGUGAAGGUUCAGGUCACUGAAUUCAAGCAUCUUUCUAUGGAAGACGGAUUGUCCUUACCGCAGGACGUUCAAUCUGCGUCCGAUGAAUUAGAGUAUGUCCUGCUGAAGAGUAGUCAGACGUUGCGGGGCGCUAUCUUAGCCCUUGGACCGACCAAACAAGUUGUGCGCCUCUUAGUCAUAAGUAGUGUGGAUGAAUUGUUCGGCGAAGUCAAGAACAUUCUCCGGGAGUUCCCAGACCUCUUCUUCGAGAUUUCCGUCACCGAUGCGCAGAAGUCGGAGCUCGUGGCUGUGGACUCUCGGAGUGGCAUUGUACGCGUGGCUGAAAUCGACUUGACUGAUUUGACGCGCCCACCCCGCAUCAAUGUUUUCGACUUCAUUAUCAUGCUCGAUAAGAUGAGCUUGGAGAUGAACUUCGAGGCAGUCAUUCAAACCUGCAGCCGACUCCUACUUCCUGGUGGUACCUUGGUCUUGACGGAGCUAGUGGGCAAAGCCGUAAAUGGACGGUCCCACAAUUUCCUGCAAGAUCUUGUCUCUCCUUCGUGGACUUCCCCAGAGUAUAUGCUCAGUCACUACCUUCGUUUGCUUCAGCAGGCCGGGUUCAUAAUAUUUAGCGCUCACUGCAUCAACGCUGCCACUGGGUCUCAUUUUAUCACUGCAGGUCAGCCUGAUCCGCGAGUGGAUGAUGAAGCAGGCCAGGCUCUGUUCGGUUCAUCGACUUCUCUCGUCUUUGAUUACAAGUUUGGUGGAGAAAUUGGAUUGCAACAGAAGCUAAGCCAGCUGGAUGUCACCCAGAAGUUGGCUCUAUGGAUUCUCGCUAGCGAGGGCUUAGACGGUGGUUCAGCGAUGGGGUUGCUUCGCGCCUUGAGGAGGGAGUAUCGUUCGUGGAAUAUUCGCCUGGUCAUAUUUCCAGCGCGGUACACCAAGGAGAUGCAAUUGAACUCACUGAGACGAUUGCCGAUCCACAUUCAAGAUGAGAUGGAGAUCGUGAUCUCUUCAGAAGGCGAGCCUGUGGUUCCUCGGAUACUUCCCUUAUCCCCAAUAGGCCCAUCCGUUUACAAUACCUCUUCAAGCAUCGCAGAUAGCCUCCCGCUGAAUCAUGUUAACGUAUCCGUCCAAUGUUCUUCUGCGCGAGGUGAUAUCUCAGGGUUCCUCGGUAUCGUCAUGGAGAGCAACGAUGCCCAAAUGAGAAGGGGAUCUUUGGUGGCGGGGCUGACGGCAGACGUUUCGCAACAGCUUUCAAUCGACGCAGAGUCAAUUCGUCCUAUCUCCAAUCACGUAGCGUGUUCUGGACCCGCCGCUGCGUCUUGCAUACCCGGAUUCACGACCGCGAUCGUAGCGCCAGGAAUUAGUACUUUCAAUCACCUUGACCGCUUGCGAUCGCUCCGCAUCCUCCUCACGCAUUGUGACACAGAUAUUGGAAUAGACGUCAGCUACGUCUAUUCCACGAAGGGUGUGAAAUUUACACAAACCACGGAGGAUGCCCGCCUCGUUGAUCUUGCAUGUUUGCGUGGCGGAGGUUUCGACUUGGUCAUCUCAGGCUACACCGACCUUCCGCAUCAGCAGGUGCUGAAGACACUGCUUAAACGAGGACGGGGCAGACUAUUCCUAUGGAAUGACGCUACGACAGGACUCAUUGGCAUUCGUGAGCAUGAUCCAUGUGGAUUCGGCGAUGCCCUCGGUUGUGCGCUUGAUCUCAUUGAGGAGCACAUGUCCACAAUGGACGUAGGGAUGCACCAGGUGAUUUCCACCGCUCCCAAGAGCAGUGCUUUAACAGUUGUUCCUACUCGGCGUACUCUAUUCGAUCCUGAGAAGACAUAUUUACUUCUCGGAGGAGUUGGCAGCCUCGGCGCGCACAUAGCGAUGAUGAUGUACGAGAGAGGUGCUCGCCACAUCAUCUUGACGUCUCGUUCUGGGGAGAAAAGCUUGCAGAGCCCAAAGAAACGAAGUCCUCGACGCCUGAUCAGUUAUCUCAAAGAACAGGAACAUCUGCACAUUCAACUUGAGGCAGUGGACGCGACCUCAGUAGCUGCCAUGCAAGCACUCAUUGCUUCCCUGCGCAGGCCACUCGGGGGGUGCAUGAUUUUGACGGCGGCAUUAUCAGAUGGCCUCUUUCAGCAUCUGACCGAAAGCGAUUUCACAACUAGCUUCGCUUCCAAAUCGGGUGUUUUAAACGUCAUGAAGGACACUGUGGAUAUCGCAAGUCUCGAUUUUGUGGUUGCCUUCUCCUCCGCGUCCGGACUUUUCGGUGUAGAAGGCCAAUCUAACUACGAUGCAUCUAACACUGCGCUGGAGGAAGCGCUGUCCAGCAUACCGAACGCAUUUUCCUUCAUUUGUCCGGGUAUCCUGGAUUCUUCGUUGAUGGCAGUUGGAGAUGAUCCCAGUAGUGGCAGUUUCGAACAUCUCGUAGAGUGGGCAUUGUCCACAGAAGACAUGAUUUGCUGGCUUGAAGAUGCGAUCUACAGGCAACUUGUCGGGCAGCGCUUCAAACGAUACAUCCCUGACCUAGAUUGGGAAGCCCUGGAUCGGACCCUUGGAAUGACCAAAAUCGGUCAGCAUGCUGUUCCGACGUGGACUACUACCCCUGUGUCCACUGCAGACCGUGCAGACGGGAUUGCCGAGGUGGUUCAGAAAGUGCUCAGCAUCCCGCCCGACGAUUUCUCUCCCGAAGUCCCACUCACGACGUACGGUCUGGACUCCUUAUCGGCUUCCAGACUGUCAUUCGUGCUGCGUCCGUUCGUCGAAGUCUCGCAGAUCCAACUAUUGGCAAACAUGUCCUUGCGUGAUCUGCAAGGGAAGGUCUCAGCAUCUUUGUUGCCGUCAGCUGCAGGGAAGCAAGAGAUCCGGAGGGAGCGCAGCGAGGCCGACCUUAUGAACGAAUUGGUUGCCAAAUAUACCCUAGACAUGCAUCCUCGCUCUACGGAAUCUGCGUUGCACUCUCCGCCACCUUCAGAGCACGUCGUCUUAGUUACAGGAACCACGGGAGCCUUGGGGUGUCACAUCGUGGCUAGGUUGCUCAGCAUGGAUGAGGUGAAGCGUGUGUAUGGAUUCAACAGGACGAGUACAACUGGCACCGCGCUAUGGGCGAGGCAGGCAGCAAUAUUUGCUGCUCAGGGACUUCCUUCAAGUCUUGUCGACUCUCCCAAAUUGACUCUGGUUGAGGGCGACCUCGCAGCAGAAGAUCUUGGCGUUUCAGGUGACAUCAUGGACAAGCUCGUGGCAGUUACACAUAUCAUUCACAACGCUUGGAAGGUCGACUUUGGAACGCCACUCGCCGGAUUUGAGGACCUGAUCAAGGGCACACGUAGACUACUCGAUCUCUCGACUCAGUCGACUUUGGAGAUACUACCGUCAAUCUCUUUCCUCAGUUCGAUCGGUGUCUACCAAUUUUCCGAUGGUUGUCCUCUUGCUCCAGAGGCACCUAUUCUGGACGCCGAAGUCGCUGCUCAAACGGGUUAUCUGGAGUCAAAAUGGGUAGGUGAACGCGUUGUCCAGAUAGCCGCAGAGAAGAUGUCACUGCGGACCAACGUUAUUCGAAUCGGACUGUUGACCGGAAGCGAUAAUGGCGCUUGGGAUACUGCCCACUGGCUACCAGCUCUCGUCCAGUCCGGACCACAUGUUGGCUGUCUGCCCGACGGUAACGACUUCAUAUCGUGGCUUUCCAUGGACCUUGCUGCGGCAGCAGUUGUCGACAUGCGCGACACUAUGGGCGAGACACUGCACCUCGUACAUCCACGGCCAGUCACGUGGGAUACCAUCAUGAAACCUAUAGCGUUCAUGCUUGCCGUCCCAUUGGUGCCAUAUCGCGAAUGGUUCGCUCGUCUGCAGAGCUCUGUCCUGGACACUGCCUCUGCGUCAAACAACUCCAAGGCAGGGGACCGAGUAAGCGGAUCCACGAUUGACGCGCUGAAGUUGAUGGAUAUGUAUCGGCUGGGAAUGAAGAACCUGAAUCCUCACAGGCGCACGAGCACGGAAAGCAUGGGCCUUUUACCGAAGGUCGCUUCGCAGAAGGCGUUCCACGCUUCUGCAACCCUUAUGGACGAGCGUUUGUGCCCGCCUCUCUGUCCAGGCGAUGCAAAUAAAUGGGUGCACUAUUGGCAGAGCAUCAACUUCCUGUCAGGACAGUAG